GCGUUUUCGUCCCUCCACAGCAAGUUGACAAGGCACCCCCCCUUCUGGCACGGCACUUGGUCCAUUCGCAAGUCUCCAUUCGACUAAGUGACGAAGGCAUGGGUUGAAGCCCCAAGUUUGGACGAAAAGGGCCUCGACUAGAAGGCGUCAAACUCUGAUCGGCCUGCCGCGUAGGACUAGAAACGUCUCAGAGUCGGGAUACCAGAUGGAAAGGGUCUGAAAGGGGGUGGAGAGACAGGGCCAUGGGCUAUGACGGCUUGCGAUGGUUGCUCGGACUGAGCUAGCCGCAAAAGAUGGGACUCGUUCAAAACUCAUCGGGGCUACGCUGAUGAUGUCGAACAGCACCAAGAUGCUGGACGCGGGGAGGUUGGAAGGGGAGGUUCCUGGACUAGGAUGUGAGCCGAAUCCCGCGCUUGCGGUAUCGUCGAUGGUUAACGUCCUCCACUUCGCAAGCUCGUAUACGGAGUACUCCUCGUACCAAGCAAUGAGAAGACAACAAGCAUACUACCUUAUUCCCUUUAGACAUGAACAUGGUUGUGGUACUGGACUCGCUUGCAGUUUCAGUUCCAAGAAGUUCCAAGACUACCCUGGGCGGUCAGCAGACGGGGGGCACACAGGGGGAAACCGAGGGUGUUUUCUCGUUGUGCCUGGCGUCUCGUUCGACAGACCCCAACACAAUCUGAUGCUAAGCCUGAUCGACAGGACGUUACGGAAGGUCUUCGCGACGCCGCAGUGUGUCGGGGAAAUACGCUGGAAGGGUGGCCCGGUGAUGAUCCAUCGCUCUUCUGCUGUAGGCUGUCGAGAGGAUGAGCCGCACAAGGGAUCUCUGAUACAGCCACAGUCCCAGGAUGCCAAGACCUGACAGCAACCGAACCUGGGUCGAGAUUAAAAAGGUGUACCGACUCAAAACCGACCACUGUUGGUGUCCUGUGGUGGUGGAUAUUCCAUGAGCAAUGCGGCAUCAAGUUGCCGGGUUUUGAGCCUCAUAGGCGGCCCGGGCUCUUCCCUGGCGCGUUGCGGCGUUCGUGAGUGGUUGGUGCAUCCCCUGUGGGAUGGGCUGGAGGCGCUGGAACGUGGUGACUGGUCGUGGGAUCUCCCCCG